GAUUUGCCGUCUUAUUGUGUUCCUUCUUCACUCAGUUCUUAAAAGUAAAGAUUCCUCAUCAUUAAGAGUGUUUGCGGGAAGAAGUCUUAUGGUAACGAAUAUGGAUAUGGAGGUUACAGUUGUCUAAGAUUGAACCAAACCAGGAACCAGGCCGUUAACACCUGAUGAUAAAGUGUUUCCUUCAAGCUGGAGAGGUAGAGUGUUUUUUAUUUAGUCGCCCAACGUGACGUUGACCUUCCAGACGGUCUUGGCAGUGUUGCUGGAUUUAUUGACAGCAGUUUGGUCCAGGAGGGAUGGCUACUUCGUCCCAGUCAAGAAAUGAUUCUACACUGGACAUCGAUGUGGAUAACAUAGAAAAGGCUAUACAUCAGCUUUAUUAUGAUCCACACCCUGGGGUAAAGGACUCUGCUCAGCGAUGGCUGCUGGUGGCGCAACGCUCACAACAAGCUUGGCAAUUUUCAUGGACACUUCUGGCCCCAGACAAGGCCACAGAGGUCCAGUAUUUUGGUGCUAGUGCCCUCCAUACAAAGAUUUCCAGAUACUGGAUUGAGGUGCACCCUGAACAGUAUGAUAUCCUACGCACUCAGAUAUUCAGACAGAUCUUUGCAUUCGGUGCUGGAGCCAGAAUUGUGUUGACUCGGUUGUGCGUAGCAUUAUCAUCCUUUGCCCUAAACACAAUGCCUGAAGUAUGGCCGGACGCAGUCAAAGGUAUCAUUGAUACCUUCCAGCAGACGGAUAUACCACAGUUAGACGCAACUCACAGGUGUACAGCCUUACUGGAGCUCUUGACAGUUCUCCCAGAAGAAUUUCACACAGCACCCCUUCCUCAGGGUAGAAAAGGAACGGUGCGUCAUGAAUUGGAGAACGGGCUUCAGCACGUCAUGCCUCUCCUUAAGACGCUCCUUGAGCAGCAAGAUUCACCCGCGGCAGUCCGCCUCCAAGCUCUGAAAUGCUUCUCAAGUUGGGUCCAGUUGAAGGUUCCGCUCAAUGACAUCGACCCUAUCACGGAGAUGUUAUUUCAGCUACUACAGGAUCCAGAGCUCUUUGAUCUAUGCAUCGACUCGCUGAUCAACGUCGUGUGUCAGCCAAUCGCAUUUAAAUAUCCGCUUUCAAUUAGGAAAGUAAUCAAGCAAGUAUUGCAACUACAGGAUCACUUGUCAUCAGCAGUGCAAGACAAGGACAUGGAUGUGGUUCAGGGUAUCUGCCGUCUUGCCGUCUCGCUGGGAGAAAACAAUGCUAAGAUCUUACUGGAGUCUAAAGGAGAAGAUCGGCAACAGGCAGUGGAGUUCACUAACCUUAUCAUUGGUUUUACAGCAUUACCAGGCCACUACCCAGUGGAUGAAAGCAUCAGUAAUAUACCAUUUGGAUUCUGGUACAUCCUUCAAGAUGACAUCGUGUCGUCGGAUCAAGAGGAGUUUCAGGAGUAUGUUCGAGUCUUUGCUCCAGUCUACAUGCAUCUAGUUGAGGUCAUGCUGACUAAAGUGCAGUAUCCACCGGAUGAAGAAUAUAACUCAUGGAAUGCAGAGGAAAAGGAGCAUUUCCGAUGUUACAGACAGGACAUCGGUGACACACUAAUGUACUGUUACACACUCCUGAGGGAGCCUUUAUUAAAUCAUCUCUAUGCAAUACUGAGUCGGAUUCAGGAGCAGCAGUUACCAUGGCAGCAAGUUGAAGCGUGUUUAUUUGCGUUCCGAUCCAUCGCUGAGGGCGGGGAUUACGGGGACGAUCAAUGCGUGACCGAUCUACUGCGACUACUUGCUCAAGUCAAUAUGUCACAUACAACAUUAGCAUCAACUGCCUUAUACAUGCUAGGUGCCUACUCGGAGUGGUUAGCGGAUACACCAGAAGCCUUGGGAACUGUGAUUCCCGUAUUACUCUCAGGUCUAAAUGACUCUGAGCUGGCUGCCCCAGCCACCAUGUCCCUCAAAGAUAUCUGCUUUGAGUGUCGUAAAGAGAUGAAGCCCUAUGCAGAGACAAUCCUCAACGCUAGUCAAGAAGCACUCAGAAGGAAUACUAUCAAAGCCAGGGAGAGUAUACGACUCAUGUCCAUCAUUGGUUUUGUCCUGUCGACGUUAUCGUUACAAGAGAUUCUCAGCUACCUUCAACUCAUACUCACCCCUCAGCUUCAGAUCCUGGAAAGUGCAAUUAAUGAACAGCCUACCCCAAUGACAAAAUCAACCAUUCUACUAAAAAUUAACAUGUUAUCCAACCUGUGCUCGACCCUUGACCUUAAACGGCCUGACCGAUCAGAAGAAGAGGAGGGGUCAGGGUCAGGGACUCGACAGCUGCCGACGCCCGAUGAGCCUCAGCCUGUCUUGCUGAUCUUACAGCAGACGCUGCCGAUCCUACAGAAUCUACUCAGUGUGUGGAUAUUGGACGUAGGCGUUGUUGAGGCAGUCUGUGAGCUGCUUAGGAGAGCAAGUCGUACACUUCUUGAUGAUCUUCAACCAAUGGUACCUCAGUUGGCAGAGCUCAUAGCAACGAUAUACAACGCUCUCCCACAGUCUGCGAUUCUAGACCUUGCCAGACAGAUUAUUAUCCUAUUUGGGAGUAGCGAGGAUGUCAGCACAGCGGUGGGAGCCAUGUUUGUUCAGCUCUCAUCAAAGACAAUCAGCCUCUUUCCUGCAAGAGCAAGGGAACACACUGAUGUAGUAGAGACAUUCAUGGGAGUAUGUGGCAAUCUGUUGAAAAAGCAAAGCAGUGUGUUUAUUCGUGAGGGUUGUAAUCCUGCCGCUAUAUUCCAGUGUGGUUUAAUGGCAAUCACUCUACCAGAGAACCCAACAGUGAAGAGCACCUGUAACUUCUUUAUGUCCUUCAUUGCCCAAUCCGAGAACAACCCAGUUUUAGGUGAAGUGUUGACGCAACAUGGCCGCGCUCUCGUAGAGCUUGUCCUUAAGGCUAUCGGUGGAGCAGCCCCUCGCACCGUCGUUGAGACCUUAGCGGACGUCAUCUUCAUCUUGAACAAGCACAGCUUCACUCACAUCAACAACUGGCUGAGAGAACUCAUGGUGAGUCCAGAUCUCAACCUCCCACGAGUCACUAAAGAUCAACGAGAACAAUUCGCUAAGACGAUACUCAGAAAUCGUGUUAACAAGCGUCAAGUUCGUGAUAUGGUCACCGAGUUCAGUCUCAUGUGUCGCGGUCUCCACGGGACGGAGUAUGCCGAAUAUUGACUAAAAUGCGCAAACUGGAUCAAGAACAGCGAGUUUUCACCAGCGGAUAUCCUCGGUCAGUGAAAUUUUUUACAAAUCAACAAAUAAACAGCUCUCAGCUUUUCUGGAGAGCAUAAAGCGGGUCAAGACAAGACUGCUCCACACAUGGUUUUAUGGCUGGUAACCUUUCUGAAAAGCAACUUGUAAAUUUGUAAACAUUUUUACAAAUAAAGAGUUCUCAGCUUUUCCGGAGAGUGUAAAGUGAUUCAAGGCACGACUGCUUCACAGAAGUUUUCGAACAAUCUUUUUAGAGGUGCUUUUUUUUUUUUUAAAUCAAACAAUAUUGCUUAACAAGUUUCAUGCUAAGCAAGAACAAAGCAGGGAACCAGGCAGAAGCAGUGCACUUGGUAAUGGUUUUCUGGAUGGUAACCUUUCUGAAAGGCAACUUUGUUUUGUUCUUAACUUAAUUUUUCUUAUGGUAAAAGUGCUUCUGAAAAUUUUUACCCAUGUUUUGGUUUUGAGUGAAAGGCUGUGUCUGAGUAGCUAUUGCUACGGAUAGAUUCUUAAUGUCAUCAUGCGUUGAGGUAUAGGAUGCCCUGCCCUUAGCAAUACCCUUUGCAGUUGUAGUCUUAGCCAAUUCGGAUUCUGCCAUAGAUCAACCAAAAGUACAGUUUUGAGUUUUGAAAUAAGAGAUUUUCUUCUGUGAUUUUCAACAACCCGAGAUCAGCAACUUGGUCUUCUCUGCCAAUCCCAAGAUUUUUCUGUUCUUUAGUAAAAUGUAGAUGCUCUCAUCUAAUUUCUUGUCAAGUAUUGUUUUUUUUGGGGGAAAGUCUUAAUUUCUGACAUAUUGAGCGUUAAACCAGGUGCAGGGAUCAGAAAUUUCUGACUUUAAUCCGAAGUCACAUUUUUGGCUGCUUGGCUAAGAAACAAAAAAUGCUGUAACCAUUUUGGAUUACAUGACACUACAUGCAA